AUGGACAAGCCUGUGAAACUUGCAAGAGUUACUAAGAUUAUUGGUCGUACCGGUUCACAGGGCCAAUGUACGCAGGUCCGUGUCGAGUUCAUGGAUGAUAAUGGCAACAGAUCGAUCAUCCGUAACGUGAAAGGUCCCGUUCGUGAAGGCGAUAUCUUAACGUUGCUGGAGGCUGAGAGGGAAGCCAGAAGACUUCGUUAA